CUCAACAACCUGCCCGCUGCAGGAACCGACAGUAGGUGCGACUGCCCGCGGUGAUCCUCUACUCCAGCAGGUGGACACCAUGAACUACGUGGGGCAGCUGGCGGGCCAGGUGCUGGUUACAGUAAAGGAGCUGUAUAAGGGGAUCAAUCAGGCCACUCUGUCAGGCUGCAUCGAUGUGAUCGUCGUCCGACAGCCUGAUGGGACGUUCCAGUGCUCCCCUUUCCACGUCCGCUUCGGAAAACUGGGAGUGCUGCGCUCCAGGGAGAAAGUGAUUGACAUAGAAAUCAAUGGGGAACCUGUGGAGCUACACAUGAAGCUUGGAGACAAUGGAGAGGCCUUUUUUGUCCGGGAGACCGAGAAGCACAAUGAGAUUGUCCCUGCCCACCUGGUGACCUCGCCCAUCCCCACAGAAGAGGCUCUGUUCAAGAGCAGGGAGCCCAGAUGUGGGGUAUCAGUGGUAGAGAAGAGUCCAGAAGACCCGGCCGCUGGAAACCUCCAAACCUGCUCCAGCACAGCCGGAAAGAAGAGAAGGAGACGCAGGAGGAAGCAUAAGGCCGAGCCACGCAAGGAGGAGCAAACCACACCUGCAGGCGGGGAGUUCGAGCUGUGUGAGCUCAGUUCAGAUGAGGAGCACAGUGCACACAAUGGACGGGCAUCUUCUCUCUCCACGAUGAAGGACAAUAUGGACCACAGGCAACAUUCCCCCCUCACCACCCUCGAAUGGGACAGCUACCCUUUCUCUGACGGAGACUGGUCCCCUUGCACUAGCAGGGAGAUGUCCGAGCCCAUGUCGCCUAAGAGCGACUCUGAGCUGAUGGUCAAGCCGGCAGAGAGCAUGCUCAGGGCCGAGUCCCACAUGCAGUGGACCUGGGGAGAGUUUCCAGAAUCCACCAGGGUCAACAAAAAGGACAAAUCAGAGCCAAAGACGUUAACCAUCACUCCCUCUGAGAACACACAUUUCAGGGUUAUCUUGAGCACAGAAGCCAUGGAAGAAGAGUCGAGGGAAGGAGAGAGAACCACAGAUCCCAUUUGCAGUAUUGUAAAACCAGAACCUCGGACCAUCAAAGUUGAGCCGUGCAGCUGCAAACCCCAGCCCCCCGAAGCUUCGUCGCACAACACAAACAUUAUCAAGCACGAGCAAGACCUUUCUGAUUUAAUGUCUAGCAGUUUUACCACUGAGCCGUGUUCCACUAACUCCAUAACAAAACCUGUGCACAAGGCCAGGUGGACGUCUUCGCCACCCAGCCGCAGGGACAGCGGCUCCGCUGGCAGUGGAGGCAGUGACAUGGCUGGAGACUCGGCGGCAGUUUGUCGUGAUACAAGAACCUCGUCUAAACCCACGGACUCGCCCAUCAAGAGAAAAAGUGUGAGGAAGAGGAGCCAACAUCAGGGGCCUGAAGAUAUUUACCUGGAUGACCUGAAUGCACUUGAACCUGAUGUUGUUGCCCGCUACUUCCCAAAAAGUGAGUCUGAUCAGGUUCCUAAACACUGGGUCGAGAUGGGGAGGCGUUCUGGAUCCCAGUCGCCACAGUCUGUUGGCAGCGCCGCAGCAGACAGCGGCACUGAGUGUCUGUCUGACUCUGCUGGUGACCUCCCUGACGUCACCCUGUCGCUGUGUGGAGGUGUUGGUGAGAACUCUGAGAUCUCUAAAGAUAAAUUCAUGGAGCACAUCAUCACCUACAAUGAAUUUGCAGAGAAUCCAGCAAUAAUUGACAAUCCGAAUUUGGUGGUUAAAAUUGCAAACAGGUAUUACAACUGGACACUGGCAGCACCAUUGAUACUUAGUAUGCAGGCUUUUCAGAAGAACUUGCCAAAGGCUACAGAGGAGGCCUGGGUGAAGGAGAAAAUGCCCAAAAAGUCUGGACGCUGGUGGUUCUGGAGAAAGAGCAGCGUGAAGCAGUCGUCAUCAGAGACCAAGUUAGAGAGGCAGGAGUCCCUGACCAGCGAGAGCCCUGCCCUUCACCAGGCCCCAGAAACACAGCAGAAAGCAGCAGAGUGGUCUAGUGACGAUGAGACUAAAGAGCUGAACGCUGUCGCAACUGCUCUGACACCUACUGAGCAUGUGCAGACCGAAGGACCGGCCCCGGCGCCUUGUCACUCCUACAAGAAGUCCCUCCGCCUGUCGUCUGACCAGAUAGCCAGCCUGAAGCUAAGAGAGGGGCCUAAUGAUGUCACCUUCAGCAUAACCACCCAGUACCAGGGGACGUGUCGCUGCGAGGGCACCAUCUACCUGUGGAACUGGGACGACAAGGUCAUAAUCUCCGACAUCGACGGCACCAUCACCAAAUCAGAUGUGUUUGGUCAGAUUCUGCCUCAGCUCGGGAAAGACUGGACUCAUCAAGGAAUCGCUAAGCUUUACCACUCCGUGCACGAGAAUGGUUACAAGUUCCUGUACUGUUCGGCCCGAGCAAUCGGCAUGGCUGACAUGACCCGAGGAUAUCUGCACUGGGUGAACGACAGAGGGACUCUCCUGCCUCAAGGACCCCUCAUGCUCUCCCCCAGCAGCCUCUUCUCGGCCUUUCACAGAGAGGUCAUAGAAAAAAAGCCGGAGAAGUUCAAGAUCGAAUGCCUCACCGACAUCAAGAACCUGUUUUUCCCAAACAAACAUCCCUUCUAUGCAGCCUUUGGAAACAGAGAAAGUGACGUGUUUGCCUACAAGCAAGUGGGUGUGCCCGUGUGCCGGAUAUUCACAGUGAAUCCCAAAGGGGAGUUAAUCCUCGAGCAAGCCAAAGGCAAUAAAACAUCAUACAGCCGGCUGAGUGAGCUGGUGGAGCAUGUUUUCCCUUUACGAAGUUCACAACACAGCGCCACCUUCAGCUGCCCAGAGUUCAGCUCCUUCUGUUUCUGGAGACAACCCAUCGCUGAGGUGUGCUUUGAGGAGCUGCUUUAACUGAUAUUAAUGUUUAACUACUUGAAAUCAAUGUAACUUAUUUCACGACUGUAUGCACUGGCUUAAUACUGAUAAGUCUUCGUAAAUGUCAGUUUUGUAGGCAAGGAAUAGUUUAAUAUCAUCUUAGACACAAAACAUUUUGGUAUAUUAUUGUAUUCCAUAUCCUCUCAUUGGGGACUAAUUCCCUUCAUGCACUUGCAGAGUUGUCUUUGCGCUUGAAGGCUGUCAGCUUUUGGCAUAAACAAAAGCUAAACGUAUGACAUAUCAGUCAUUAUUUGUACCACUUGUUACAGAGAAGAUACUGCCUAAGCUCUUAUUUAGGCAGUAAAGGUACAAUAACUGUGCUGAGAAUGGCCUCCGUCUUUCUCUUUCUGACUUGAGAAGUACCAUAAAAAAUACAAUAUUUAAAGCAGCUAUGCUUUCAUUCCUUUAAGGCCUUAUUCACACUGUAACAGUCUUAUUUAAUGUGUAGAAAUCUUACACCACUAUGCUAGGGAGAAAAGGAGGUGAACUUAUUCGGCUCAUAGUUGAUAAAAAGUUUAAGAAAGCACUUUCUGAAAUGUAGAUACUGCUGCUAUUUGGUAUCAAAUAUACAUAUAUACAUAAUAUAUUAUGUAUAUUAAGUAUUUUUCCAAAAUCAACUAGAGACUUAGACUGACAGUAGGAAAGUAUUUUUGAUGAAUUUUGAAAUCUUUGCUGAUGUGUUCUGCCAGAAAUGAUUUUACCAUCGUGUACCAUAUAUACCAACUACAGUAUGUUAAUGUUCCCGCCUGUUUUUGUUUUGAUUCUGCUCAGUAACAGCCGUCAGUAAUAUUUAUUGUAUUCUUUCUAUGAAAGUGACAAACUUUGUGUGAACACACAGUAUUUUCCCAGUUCUGCUGCUUGAAGUGUUUUCUGUAGACGUGUGAUUGCAUGACAUUGUUACGACGUUAACAAUGUAAGCACAAAGUAUGUUUUGGAUAAUGUUUUUGACAAAUACAUUCAUCUGCUUUUUAUUUGUCAGUGUGAGAGGUGAGAUUUUUAUAGUGUCAUAACUGUAGCUCUGCUGUACAAAAACUGUAUAAUAGUGUAUUUACUAUAUAUAU